AAAACAAUUGUCUACAUUCAUCUUCUUCUUCUUCAAACAAAAAUGGGUUUCUUAAAGUUCUCUCCGAUGAUCCUUCUCUUAGCAAUGAUCGGCGUUUCAUAUGCCAUCGACAUGUCAAUCAUCUCCUACGACGAAAACCACCACAUCUCCACCGUGAACAGCCGUACCGACGCGGAGGUUGAGAGAAUCUACGAGGCGUGGAUGGUGGAACAUGGGAAGAAGAAGAUGAACCAAAACGGUCUUGGUGCAGAGAAAGAUCAGAGAUUUGAGAUCUUUAAAGAUAAUCUUCGUUACAUCGAUGAACAUAACACCAAAAACCUCAGUUAUAAACUUGGUUUAACCCGGUUUGCUGAUUUAACCAAUGAUGAGUACCGAUCUAUGUACCUUGGUGCUAAACCGGUGAAGAGAGUUUUGAAAACCAGUGAUCGGUAUGAAGCGCGUGUUGGUGACGCGCUUCCUGAUUCCGUUGACUGGAGAAAAGAAGGUGCCGUCGCCGAUGUUAAAGAUCAAGGAAGCUGUGGGAGUUGUUGGGCAUUUUCAACUAUUGGGGCCGUGGAAGGAAUAAACAAGAUUGUGACAGGAGAUUUAAUUUCUUUGUCUGAACAAGAAUUGGUUGAUUGUGACACAUCUUAUAACCAAGGUUGUAAUGGUGGUUUGAUGGAUUAUGCGUUUGAGUUUAUUAUCAAAAAUGGCGGUAUCGAUACCGAAGAGGAUUAUCCUUACAAGGCUGCUGAUGGUCGUUGUGACCAGAACAGGAAAAAUGCUAAGGUUGUUACCAUUGAUUCGUAUGAAGAUGUGCCUGAGAACAGCGAGGCGUCUCUAAAGAAAGCUUUGGCUCACCAGCCCGUUAGUGUCGCCAUUGAAGCUGGUGGUCGCGCUUUCCAGCUCUAUUCUUCGGGUGUGUUUGACGGAAUCUGUGGAACGGAGCUAGACCACGGUGUUGUGGCUGUGGGUUACGGAACUGAGAACGGAAAGGACUACUGGAUUGUGAGAAACUCAUGGGGAAACAGAUGGGGAGAGAGCGGAUACAUAAAGAUGGCACGUAACAUUGCAGAGCCAACAGGAAAGUGUGGAAUAGCGAUGGAGGCUUCGUAUCCGAUCAAGAAAGGUCAGAACCCACCAAACCCUGGCCCAUCACCGCCAUCUCCCAUUAAGCCACCAACCACGUGUGACAAAUAUUUCUCUUGCCCUGAGAGCAACACUUGUUGUUGUCUCUACAAGUAUGGUAAGUACUGCUUCGGUUGGGGAUGUUGCCCGCUUGAAUCUGCUACUUGCUGCGAUGAUCACUCAAGUUGCUGUCCUCAUGAGUACCCGGUUUGUGACGUUAACCGCGGAACCUGUUUGAUGAGCAAGAACAGUCCGUUGAGCGUGAAGGCUCUCAAGCGUACACCCGCAAUACCGUUCUGGGCAAAGAGCAGAAAGCACAUUGCUUUGUGGUAUAGAUUCCAUCAGAGAAAGAAUGACCUCAUUCCUCUUCACCUGCAGUUGCCAAAUGGGGAGAUAUCUGAAUCAAAUGGCUUCAUAUCUCCGAUGUGGGGCGGUGUGAUUGUGUGGAACCCGGAAAAUUAUGAUAAGGACUCUGAAAGCCCACGUAGGAACACGAUAUCGCCUCAGAAUCUCGAAACGAUACCGCCUCAGGAUCUUGAGCAAAUAGUUGAAGCAUUCUAGGAGCAAAUACGACAACUAUGUGGCUUUAAGUAUUAAACCAUUUUUACCAGU